ACACACACACAGAAUCUGAAGCAGGCUCUAGGCUCAGAGCUGUCAGCAAAGAGUCCAACAUGGGGCUUGAACCCAGGAACCAUGAGAUCAUGACCUGAGCAGAAGUCAAACAUUUAACCGACUGAGCCACCCAGGUGCCCCUAGGCUCUGUAUUUUAACAUUCUCAGGCAGUAUGUGAACAUACUAAAAUUUGAAAAGCAUGCUCUAGAUCAUUGGUUUUCAAAGUGUGUUCCUUUAACCAGCAGCAUUAGCCUCACCUGAAAACUUGCUAGAACUACAGAUUCUCAGGCUUCAUUCUUACCUAAUCAGGAACUUUAGGUAAGACUCAGCAGUCCAUUUUAGUCACGUCCAGAUGAUACUGAUGUAGUUUAAGUUUGAAAACACUGCUCUAGAUUCCUGAUUCUCAGCCCUGGCUGCAUAUUAGAAUCACUUGGACAGUCAAAAAAAACAAAGCAAACAUAAUAAAACCACCAAUGACUGAAUCUCAUCCCUGCAAAUUCUGAUUAAUUUGUUUAGGAUAGCUCCGAAGUAUAGUUUCUUUGUUGUUGUUUGCUUCUGUUUAAAAAUUUUAAGCUUCCCAGAUGAUUCUAAUGCAACCAGAGUUGAAAACCACUGUUCUAAAUAUAGUAGUAAUCCAUGUUUAGCUGGUGGGCUAGGAAGUCAACCUGAAAAAAACUUAACGUCUGGUCAGAUUUAUUCACGUACUAUUAUGUAUCAUAUAACGAUGUGGAUAAUUUGCUAGAUAUUGAAAUCCCUUUAAAAACUUCAGACCUCUUCACUCUUACCAUUACUAUUUAACAUAGUGCUGGAAGUCUUAGCCACAGCAAUCAGACAACAGAAAGAAAGCAUCCAGGUGGGCAGGGAAGGAGUCAAACUUUGACUAUUUGGAGACAACGUGAUACUCUAUAUAGAAAACCCAAAAGACUCCAUCAAAAAAAUGCUAAAACUAAUAGUUGAAUUCAGCAAAGUUGCAGGAUAUAAAAUCAGUUUGCAGAAAUCUGUUACAUUUCAAUAAAUCAAUAACAGAGUAGCAGAAAAAGAAAUCAAGGAAUUGAUCCCAUUUGCAGUUGCACCAAAAACAGUAAUACCUAGGAAUAAACCUAACUAAAGAGGUAAAAGAUCUGUACUCUGAAUUCAGCAAAGUCGCAGGAUAUAAACUCAAUGUACAGAAAUCUGUGGCAUUUCUAUACAUCAAUAAUGAAGCAGCAGGAAGAGAAAUCAAGGAAUUUAUCCCAUUUACAGUUGCACCAAAACCCAUAAAAUACCUAGGAAUAAACUUAACCAGAGAGAUAAAAGAUCUGUACACUGAAAAAUAAAGAAAGCUUAUGAAAGAAUAGAAGACACAAAGGAAUGGAAAAACAUUCCAGGCUCAUGGGUUGGAAGAAUAAAUAUUGUUAAUAUGCCGAUACUACCCAAUGCAAUUCCUAUUAAAAUAACUCCAGCAUUCUUCACUAGAAUUCACCAGAAUUCUUCACAGAGCUACAACAAAAUUUUUUUUAAUUUGUAUGGAACCAGAAAAGACUCGGAAUAGCCAAAAUUAUGUUAAAAAGAAAACUAAAGCUGGAGGCAUCUCAAUUCUGGACUUAAAGCUGUAUUACAAAACUGUAAUCAUCAACACAGUAUGGUACUGGCAGAAAAACAGACACAUAGAUCAAUGGAACAAAAUAGAGAACCCAGAAAUGGACCCACAAAUGUAUGGCAAACUAAUCUUUGACAAAGCAGGAAGGAAUAUCCAAUGGAAAAAGGCAGUCUCUUUAGCUAAUGGUGUCAGGGAAAACUGGAUGGAAAUGUGCAGAGGAAUGAAAAUGGAUCGCUGUCUUACACCAUAUACAAAAAUAAAUUGAAAAUGGAUGAAAGACCUAUGUAUGAGAAAAGAAACUACCAAAACCCUAGAGGAGAACACAGGCAACAACUUCUUUAACCUUGUCUGGAACAACUUCUUACUAGACACGUCACUGAAGUCAAGGGAAACAAAAGCAAACAUGAAGCAUUGGGACUUCCUCAAGAUAAAAAGCCUCUGCACAGCAAAGGAAACAGUCAACAAAACCAAAAGGCAGCCUAUGGAAUAGAAGAUCUUUGUAAAUGACAUAUUGGAUAAAGGUUUAGCAUCCAAGACCUAUAAAGAACUUAUCAAAUUCAACACCCAGAAAACAAAUAACCCAGUUAAGAAAUGGGCAGAAGACAUCAAUAGACAAUUUUCCAAAGAAGACAUCCAGAUGGCCAACAGACACAUGAAAAGAUGCUCGACACCACUCAUCAUCAGGGAAAUACAAAUCAAAACCACAAGGAGAUACACCUCAUACCUGUAAGAAUGGCUGAAAUUAACUCAAGAAACAGCAGGUGUUGGUGAGGAUGAAGAGAAAGGGGAACUCUCUUACACUGUUGGUAGAAAUCCAAACUGGUGCAGACCCUCUGGAGAACAGUGUGGAGUUUCCUCAAAGUUAAAGAUAGAACUACUCUAUGAUCCAGCAAUUGCACUAUUAAGUAUUUAUACAAAGGAUACAAAAAUACAUAUUUGAAGGGGCAUUUGCACCUGAUUGUUUAUAGCAGCAUGAUCAACAAUAGCCAAACUAUGAAGAGAGCCCAAGAGUCCACUGACUGAUGGAUAAAGAAGAUGUGGCAUAUAUAUAAAAUGGAAUAUUACUCAGCCAUUGAAAGAAUGAAAUCUUGCCAUUUGCGAUGAUAUGGAGCUAGAAUGCAUUAUGCUAAGUGAAAUAAGUCAGUCAGAGAAAGAGAAAUAACAUACGACUUAAGUCAUGUGUAAUUUAAGAAUCAAAAUAGAUGAGGGGUGCCUGGGUGGCUCAGUCAGUUAAGUGUCCAACUUCGACUGAGGUCAUGAUCUCACGGCUCAUGGGUCUGAGUCCCACAUCAGGCUCUGUGCUGACAGCUCAGAGCCUGGAGCCUGCUUCAGAUUUCUGUAUCUCCCUCUCCCCCUCCCCUGUUCAUGCUCUGUCUCUCAAAAAUAAAUAACAUUAAAAAAAAAAAGAUGAACAAAUGGGAAGGCGGGGAAGAGGAGAGAGGAAAACAAACCACAAGAGACCCUUAGAGGACUACAGUAGAGAACAAACUGACGGUUGAUGGAGAAAAUUGGGUGGGAGAUGGACUAGAUGGUGAUGGUUAUUAAGGAGGUCACUUGUGAUGAGCACUGGGUGUUGUAUGUAAGUGAUGAAUCCACUGAAUUCUCCUGAAACCAAUAUUGCACUGUAUGUUAACCAAAAUUUAAAUUAAAAGACAAAAGAAAACAAAAAACCUCCUGACUUGUUGCCUAAGGACCUCCCAUGCUGGACUGCAUAAAUCUCUAUGUUUGGAGAUUACCAAAAAAAAAAAAAAAAAGCAAUCCUCAGUAUGGUUUUCUGUUUAUUGAUGGAUCUGGUCAGUACCAUCAGGGACUUAAAACAUUAAAAGGAAGAUAUCAUACAUCAUCAGUUCAGAAAAAUGCUCGCUCACUGGGGACCUGAAAGCUUCACUUAAUGGGCAAAGUUAUGUGCAUCCUGGAUGUAUCAAGAUGAUGUAUCAGAUGGUGAUUUCAACAGACUCCAGGAACAGUUGCAGUGGGUCUGCCUCAGUAAUUUGGGCCAUGGAAAGACCAAGAUUGUCCAUUAAUAAAUUCCAUUUUGGAGUCAGAAUCUGCACUCAGAAAUAAACCAAAUAUGUUAAUAUUUGAUAGGACAUAUAAAUACAUCAAAAGGACAGAUCAUCCCUACCCUGUGAAAUUCUAAAGUGGAUGUAUUUGCACAGACAGUUCAGAUAGCACAAUAGGUACAUGUCCAGUCAGAAAAGUAGUGGAAUGCUGUGUUUUGAAGGGCUUGAGACCACAUGUUGCUGUUAACCAAGCAUAAAGCAGCCACUAAAGAGCAGUCAGACUGGCUUCAGUCUGUAAGGCCAGCAAGUUCUGCAUUGUGUCUCAGUAUGGAUCAGUAUUCUGAGACAGCAUAGCACACUGGCAAGGGGUUACACCUAACCAGCAUAAACAAGCUGCUUUGGUUACUGUGGUAUCUGUUCUAAUUACAGGUAGAUCAUGGCAUCACCAUAUUGGCCAAAGACUGCAAGAAUGGGUACAAAGGCCUUCAUAGCUCCUGGAUUUCCUAUCUAAAGUAUUACCAUCUGUUGGCCAGUGUAAUUUAAAGCCUUGCAUUGCAUCCUGAACGAGUAUUGGUAGCAACGGGACAAGUUGGGAAAGAGCCUUAUAUCUGUGUUUGGGAUUCAUACACUGUGCAGACCAUAUCAAUUCUAAAGGAUGCUCAUACGCAUGGUAUAGCUUGUUUAGCAUUCGACUUAGACGGGCAGCGCUUGGUUUCAGUUGGACUUGAUUCAAAGAAUGCAGUUUGUGUUUGGGAUUGGAAAAGGGGAAAAAUGUUAUCUAUGGCCCCUGGCCACACAGACAGAAUAUUUGAUAUCUCUUGGGACUUGUACCAGCCAAAUAAACUUGUCAGCUGUGGUGUAAAACAUAUCAAGUUCUGGAGUUUAUGUGGAAAUGCUCUGACCCCAAAACGAGGGGUCUUUGGUAAAACUGGUGACCUUCAGACAAUUUUGUGCCUGGCCUGUGCAAGGGAUGAAUUAACAUAUUCUGGUGCACUUAAUGGGGAUAUAUAUGUUUGGAAAGGAAUCAAUCUUAUAAGGACAAUACAAGGAGCCCAUACUGCAGGAAUUUUUAGUAUGAAUGCUUGUGAAGAAGGCUUUGCUACUGGUGGCAGAGAUGGCUGUAUUCGCCUUUGGGAUUUAACUUUUAAACCGAUUACUGUGAUUGAUCUCAGGGAAACAGACCAGGGAUACAAAGGUUUGUCUGUGAGGAGUGUUUGCUGGCGAGGUGACCACAUUCUAGUUGGAACACAGGACAGUGAAAUUUUUGAAAUUGUGGUGCAUGAAAGGAAUAAACCUUUCCUAAUUAUGCAAGGGCAUUGUGAAGGUGAACUUUGGGCACUUGCUGUUCAUCCUACAAAACCUUUGGCUGUGACUGGAAGUGACGAUCGUUCAGUCAGGAUAUGGAGUCUAAUAGAUCAUGCACUAAUAGCAAGGUGUAAUAUGGAAGAACCAAUUCGUUGUGCAGCUGUAAAUGUAGAUGGAAUCCAUCUUGCCCUUGGAAUGAAGGAUGGCUCAUUCACUGUACUUAGAGUAAGAGAUAUGACCGAAGUUGUACAUAUUAAAGACAGGAAGGAGGCAAUUCAUGAGUUAAAAUAUUCCCCAGAUGGAACUUACCUUGCUGUUGGAUGCAAUGACAGCUCAGUUGAUAUCUAUGGCGUUGCGCAACGUUAUAAAAAGUUUGGGGAAUGUGUUGGGUCGCUUAGUUUCAUCACUCAUCUUGACUGGUCCUCAGAUAGUAGAUAUUUACAGACAAAUGAUGGAAAUGGUAAAAGACUUUUUUAUAGGAUGCCAGGAGGAAAAGAAGUGACAAACAAAGAAGAAAUAAAAGGUGUUCAUUGGGCUUCAUGGACAUGUGUUUCAGGCCUUGAAGUAAAUGGAAUUUGGCCCAAGUAUUCAGAUAUCAAUGAUAUAAAUUCAGUAGAUGGAAAUUAUAUUGGCCAAGUUUUAGUUACAGCUGAUGACUAUGGAAUUAUAAAAUUAUUCCGAUAUCCUUGUUUAAGAAAAGGAGCCAAGUUUAAAAAAUAUAUUGGCCAUUCGGCUCAUGUAACUAAUAUCAGGUGGUCACAUGACUAUCAGUGGGUUAUUUCUAUUGGUGGAGCAGAUCACUCUGUCUUCCAGUGGAAAUUUAUUCCUGAAAGAAAACUAAAAGAUGCUCUUCACAUAGCACCCCAAGAAAGUCUGGCUGACUCUAAUAGUGAUGAAUCAGAUUCAGAUCUGUCUGAUGUUCCAGAACUGGAUUCUGAAAUUGAACAAGAGACACAGCUUACCUACCGUCGGCAGGUUUACAAAGAAGAUCUACCUCAGCUUAAAGAACAGUACAAGGAGAGACAAAAAGGCGGUACUUCUAAAAGAAGAGAGCGGGCUCCAGGAAAUAGCCUCCGACUGCACUUUGUUCAUGGUUACAGAGGUUAUGACUGUCGAAGUAACCUUUUUUAUACUCAAAUUGGUGAGAUUGUGUACCAUGUCGCAGCAGUGGGUGUCAUUUAUAAUCGGCAACAGAACACACAGCGCUUUUACCUGGGUCAUGAUGAUGAUAUUCUUUGCCUGGCUCUUCAUCCUUUGAAAGACUAUGUGGCAACAGGCCAGGUAGGUAGGGAUCCCUCAAUUCACAUAUGGGAUACAGAGACCAUUAAACCAUUGUCAGUAUUAAAGGGCUGCCACCAAUAUGGUGUCUGUGCUGUUGAUUUCUCAGCGGAUGGGAAACGUUUGGCUUCAGUUGGAAUAGAUGAUAGCCACACUAUUGUGCUGUGGGACUGGAAGAAAGGAGAGAAACUUUCAGUAGCAAGAGGAAGUAAAGAUAAGAUUUUUGUUGUAAAGAUGAACCCCUACGUGCCUGAUAAGUUAAUUACAGCUGGAAUUAAACACGUGAAGUUUUGGCGUAGAGCAGGGGGAGGAUUGAUUGGAAGAAAAGGCUACGUGGGCACACUGGGGAAAAAUGACACGAUGAUGUGUGCAGUAUAUGGAUGGACUGAAGAGAUGGCUUUUUCUGGAACAUCCACAGGCGACGUGUGUAUCUGGAGAGAUGUCUUUCUUGUAAAAACAGUUAAAGCUCAUGAUGGGCCAGUGUUUAGUAUGCAUGCAUUGGAAAAAGGAUUUGUAACUGGAGGAAAAGAUGGGGUAGUAGCUCUUUGGGAUGACUCCUUUGAAAGAUGUCUCAAGACCUAUGCUAUAAAAAGAGCUGCUUUGGCACCAGGAUCUAAAGGUCUUCUCUUGGAAGAUAACCCAUCUAUACGUGCCAUAUCAUUAGGACACGGUCAUAUUUUAGUUGGCACAAAGAAUGGUGAAAUACUAGAAGUGGAUAAAAGUGGCCCAAUAACACUUCUGGUCCAGGGACACAUGGAAGGAGAGGUGUGGGGUUUGGCUACACAUCCCUAUCUGCCCAUCUGUGCUACUGUCAGUGAUGAUAAAACCUUAAGAAUAUGGGAUCUGUCUCCUAGUCAUUGUAUGUUGGCUGUCCGGAAACUGAAAAAGGGUGGGAGAUGUUGCUGUUUUUCUCCUGAUGGUAAAGCUUUAGCUGUAGGUCUGAAUGAUGGAAGUUUCUUAAUGGCAAAUGCAGAUACUCUAGAAGAUCUUGUGUCUUUUCAUCACAGGAAAGAUAUUAUUUCAGACAUUCGAUUUUCACCAGGUUCUGGGAAAUAUCUUGCAGUAGCAUCCCAUGACAGUUUUAUAGAUAUAUACAAUGUGAUGAGUAGUAAAAGAGUAGGAAUAUGCAAAGGCGCUACCAGUUACAUAACCCAUGUUGAUUGGGAUAUUAGAGGAAAGCUUUUACAGGUCAACACUGGUGCUAAAGAACAAUUAUUCUUUGAAGCUCCCAGAGGGAAAAAACAAACCAUUCCCAGUGUGGAGGUAGAAAAAAUUUGUUGGGCAUCAUGGACAAGUGUGCUUGGUUUAUGCUGUGAGGGAAUUUGGCCGGUAAUUGGAGAAGUCACAGAUAUAACUGCCUCUUGCCUCACCAGUGACAAAAUGGUCCUAGCUACUGGGGAUGAUUUGGGAUUUGUGAAGUUAUUUAGAUAUCCUGCUAAAGGAAAAUUUGGAAAGUUUAAGAGGUAUGUGGCCCAUAGUACACAUGUCACAAAUGUUCGCUGGACCUACGACGACAGCAUGUUGGUUACCUUAGGAGGUGCAGAUAUGUCUUUAAUGGUUUGGACAAAUGAAAUGGAGGGCUAUCGAGAAAAAAGACCUUGUGAUAGUGAAGAAUCUGAUACAGAUUCUGAAGAAGAUGGGGGUUAUGACAGUGAUGUUACAAGAGAGAAUGAAAUCAGUUACACCAUUAGAGCCUUAUCAACAAGUAUUCGCCCAAUGUUUGGAGUCAAGCCUCAUUUGCAACAGAAGGAACCCUCUGUUGAUGAGAGGCCCCCCGUGAGCAGAGCCCCACCAAGGCCAGAAAAACUCCAGACAAACAAUGUUGGCAAGAAAAAGAGACCCAUAGAGGACCUUGUGUUGGAGCUUGUUUUUGGCUAUCGAGGAAGAGACUGUAGGAAUAACGUUCAUUAUUUAAAUGAUGGUGAUGAUAUAAUUUAUCACACUGCAUCCAUUGGAAUUCUGCACAACGUUGCUACCGGGACUCAGAGUUUUUAUCAGGAACAUAAUGAUGAUAUACUGUGCCUCACUGUAAAUCAGCAUCCCAAAUUUAUCAACGUAGUGGCAACGGGCCAAGUAGGUGAUUUAGCAGACAUGUCAGCUACGGCUCCUUCUAUCCACAUCUGGGAUGCAAUGAACAAGCAGACUUUAUCUAUACUGAGAUGCUACCAUUCGAAGGGAGUGUGUUCAGUCAGCUUCAGUGCUACCGGCAAACUCUUGCUGUCUGUGGGGCUGGACCCAGAACAUACGAUUACCAUUUGGAGAUGGCAGGAAGGUGCCAAAAUUGCCAGCAGAGCCGGUCACAACCGACGCAUUUUUGUGGCAGAAUUCCGACCAGAUUCAGAUUCCCAGUUUGUCUCUGUGGGAGUCAAACACGUGAAGUUCUGGACACUGGCAGGAAGGGCUCUUCUUAGCAAAAAAGGGCUCGUGAGCACCCUGGAGGAUGCCCGGAUGCAGACCAUGCUUGCUGUGGCGUUUGGUGCAAAUAACUUGACGUUUACAGGUACCAUCAGUGGAGAUGUCUGUGUGUGGAAAGAUCACAUACUGUGUAGGACCGUGGCCAGAGCUCACAACGGGCCUGUGUUUGCCAUGUUCACCACACUGCGAGACGGACUUAUUGUGACCGGAGGCAAGGAAAGGCCGUCAAGAGAAGGAGGAGCGGUCAAGCUGUGGGAUCAGGAACUGAGGCGGUGCCGAGCCUUCAGGCUGGACACGGGACAAGCCACGGACUGUGUCCGCUCCGUGUGCAGGGGCAAAGGCAAGAUCCUAGUUGGGACAAGGAGUGCGGAGAUCAUCGAAGUUGGAGAGAAAAAUGCAGCCUGCAAUAUUUUAGUUAAUGGUCAUGUGGAUGGGCCCAUAUGGGGACUAGUGACACAUCCCUCCAGGGAUUUUUUCCUUUCUGCCGCAGAAGAUGGGACAGUGAGACUCUGGGAUAUUGCUGAUAAAAAGAUGUUAAACAAAGUGAACUUGGGACAUGCUGCUCGGACCGUGUGUUAUAGCCCUGAAGGGGAUAUGGUGGCUAUCGGAAUGAAAAAUGGAGAAUUUAUUAUUUUACUGGUGAGCUCCCUAAAGAUAUGGGGAAAGAAGAGAGAUAGACGAUGUUCAAUCCAUGAUAUCAGAUUUAGUCCGGAUUCCCGGUUUCUGGCAGUGGGUUCUAGUGAGAACUCGGUGGACUUUUAUGACCUAACAUUGGGCCCCACCCUUAACAGAAUCAGUUACUGCAGAGACAUUCCCAGCUUUGUCAUUCAAAUGGACUUCUCUGCAGAUAGCAGAUAUCUCCAGGUCUCCACUGGUUGCUAUAAACGACAUGUCUAUGAAGUGCCUUCGGGAAAACCUGUUCUGGAUCAGGCCACCAUGGACAGAAUUACUUGGGCCACAUGGACUAGUAUUCUAGGAGAUGAAGUUCUGGGAAUCUGGUCCAGACAUGCUGAGAAAGCCAAUGUCAACUGUGCCUGCGUAUCUCAUUCAGGAAUCAGCCUUGUAACAGGAGAUGACUUUGGGAUGGUUAAGUUAUUUGACUUCCCAUGUCCUGAAAAAUUUGCAAAGCACAAAAGGUUCUUGGGUCAUUCACCUCACGUGACCAAUAUUCGAUUUACCAGUGGUGAUCGGCAUGUCGUUAGUGCAGGAGGUGAUGACUGCAGGUUGGUAACUUUCCUAGCCAGAGAAGAACAGACUAUCUUUAGUUUUAUGAAGAGAUCUAAUAUCACUAUAUAACUGGGUAGCUGGUUCUGUGGAGUCACGUACUACGAAAAUACAAAAUAAAAUGAAUUAAUGAGACUUUUUAUACAUGUCAUGAUUUGAAAGCUCAUUAAAAAACUGAAAAUCUAGAAAUAUAAUGAACUCACUGCAU